AUGUCAUCAUCAUCAACAGCAGAAUUAAUUAUUUUUGCCUCUCAACAAUAUACAAUCUAUGUUAGUUUUAUUAUUUUAUUUUCUGGUGUUUUCGGACAUAUUGCUAACAUUUUCGUAUUAACUCGUCUUAAAAUUUUCCGUGGAAAUUCAUCUGCUUUUUAUCUCAUCGCAGAAUCGAUUGUUGAUUUACUUCAAAUGAUAAUAUCAUUCACAUCUCGUAUUGCAAUCAAUGGAUUUGUUAAUGAUUUAACACAGACAUCAUUAAUUUGGUGUAAAUUAAGACCAUUAUUUGUUCAAUCUUUUACUCUCAUUUCACUUAAUAUAGUUUGUUUUGCUGCUAUUGAUCAAUAUUUAUCAACAAGUUAUUAUCCAUUUUUAAGACAAAAGAGUACAAUUAAAUUAGCUAAAAGGCUUACUAUUAUUGCAACUAUAAUUUGGGUCCUACAUAGUAUACCAGUUGUGUUCCUCUUUGAAAUUCAAUCAACAUAUGGAUGUAAUAUAUAUAAUGAAAAUUUUAGAAAUUAUGUUACAUAUGUUUAUUAUCUCGUACUCACUGGUGCAUUGCCGAUCGUUGUUUCGACAUGGUUCAGCGUUUUAGCCUAUCGAAAUGUUCGUCGGAUUGUACGACGUCAAAUGGCAAUACGUCGACGAAAAUUUGAUCAACAAUUAACAGCAAUGAUUCUUGUUCGAGUUGGUUUUUUAGUCGCUAUGACAUUACCGUAUGUUUUACAACGGAGUUAUACACUUACUACACUUAUAGUCGAAGAUGAUUUGAUGCGUAAAUCCAUUGAACAACUUAUUGAAGCUCUUGCUUUUUCAUUUUUUUAUCUUAAUUAUUCGGGUUCUUUUUAUUUAUUUUUAAUAUCAUCAACACGAUUUCGUCGACAAGUUAAACAUGUUUUUAUUAGCAAAUGUUGGCGAGUAUAUUGUAGAAAGACAGUACGUCGUAAUCAAAUUGCAGCAAUUACUCAAAUUUCCAGUAGUGAAUAUGAUUUACAAUCAAUUGAAUAA